UGUACAAUACGCCAAGAACUUUCAGGCUACGCACGUGAUUCUGCACAGGCAACUUAAAAGAGAUUUGAAGUACUUCAUGCAGAACCUGUCUUGUGGAAUAUCUAGGAUCAAAUCUGACAACAGCAUGGAGAUUGUAAGAGCACCUAUGGCAGAUGAAGUUGGAACGGUGCAGCAGACCUUGCAAAACCUGGAAACGAGGGAAGAGAGCAGUGCAUUCAUCAACUCCACUUGUUCGUUGUGCGUCAACAGAAGGCCACGAAUUGGACUAAAGAAGAAAUUCACUUAUGCUGAGCUGCAACUUGCGACAAAUGGUUUCUGCCCACAAAGUUUAAUGUCUGAUCAUGGAAGGAAAAUAUAUCUAGGUUUAUUAAAUGAUCAGAGGAAAAUACUGAUCAGGGAGAGCCCUUCAGUAACAAUCAAAGAGGAGGAGUUCAAGAGAGAGGUUAAGAUCCUGGAAAGAGUCAGGCAUGAACAUGUGGCCUCGCUUUUGGGAUCAUGUUCAGAAGGACAACAUAGGUUUCUUGUGUACGAAUACAUCUGCAAUGGUUCUCUGAACAAACAUCUAUCAAACAAAAGCAGGAAACUGACAUGGGAAAGAAGAAUAAGUAUAGCAUAUGGAGCAGCUAAAGGUUUAGAAUAUUUGCACAGGGAAAGAAUUUAUGGAAGCAUGCGGCCAAGCAACAUUCUCAUCACCCAUGAUUAUCAGCCAUUGCUUUCUUACUACGGUCUUAAUAUAAAUCAAUAUGAGGCCCUGGGCCAGUCCUCAGCAACCACAGUGCUGAGGACUUUCGAAUACUUGGCACCGGAGUAUGAAGAAACUGGGAUAGACUUGAGCAAGGCCGAUGUCUACUCAUUUGGAGUUGUUCUUGUUGAGCUGAUAACUGGUCGAAAGACCAGACAAGAUACUGAUGGACAAAGCUUUUUGAGAUGGGCAAGACCACUCCUAAAGAAAAGAAAGUACAUGGAACUGAUAGACCCUGUAAUACAAGACAGCGUUGAUAUUUUCCAGCUAUACUGGUUAGUUCGUGUUGCAGAUAAAUGCCUAAGCUGGGAUCCUAGGAGUAGAUACUCAAUAAAGAAGGUGGUGACAGAUCUUUCAUGCAUUAUUACUCGUUCUGGUGUCGAAGAUUUCUCUCCUACUGAUUCUGAAUUGUGACUCCUACACAAGGUAACUAAGUAUUAGUCGGAAAUAAGCAGGCAGCAUAAGGAACUCGGAUUUUCAUUAGGCCAUUUUCAAUUCAAAGCUGCUGUUCUGACACUGUGAUCUUGCGGAUUUUUCUUUAUCUAUUUCUGUUGAGUAUGGGAAUGAUUCUUGAGCUGGCGGCGAACAUCUUGCGAUAAUGGAGAUGAAGCAUCAAGACUAAUGGCUUGUGGGAAAAGUAGUUGUUUUCUUGAUGAUGGAAACUCUUACAAAUCUUGGAUUUGCCAUUUUAUCUAUCUGAAGGCACUUGCUGCAAUAUAAAUACUGCUAAAAUAAGGAAUGCCCGUAGAGUUACCUUGGUCACACUCCCACACCCACACCCACCCCCCCUAUUUGGAUCCUCAAACUCCAUUCAUUCUUUAUUUUUUUUCUUACUUUUUCAUUUUUUUUUCAAGAAUGAGUUCAUUCUUUAACCUUCUAUAUAAGGUGAGCAAUAUACAUACCACG